AUGGCCCAGGCAGCAGCCAAGCCACGGAGUCCAGACUCACCCGAGCGGGUUCCCGACAACCCAAACGGCAUCGAGGACGCCGUGCACAGCCCAGGGAGCCUGGCAGCCGAGCCAAGGAGGGGGGUACAGGGGACACAGCCCUCCCUGGGACACGUGGUGAAACACCUGCAGGAGGCUCACCCAGAGCAGGGGUCCCCCCCACUGCAGGAGCCGGAUGCGAUCCCAGCGUGCGGUGACGGGGAAGAGGAAGAGCCCGUGGUCCGGGGGGCUCCCGGUACAGUGUCUUUCAGAAUAAACACGGCAAACUCCCUGCUGGAAGCUCAGCUGGAAGGACAUCCUGGCUGGCUCCUGGUGUGCCACGAGGGCUGGAAUGGCUCCCUGGGCACCCUGCUCUGCCAGCAGCUCGGGUACCUCAGAAUGACCCAUCAGAAAGGAGUGAACCUGACGGAUGUCAGGGUGAACAAGGAGCAGCAGUUCCUUCAGGUCAGACCCCGCCAGGAAGGGAGCCUGGAAGACUUGUGGCAGGUCAGGAGCAGCUGUGGAUCGGAGCGAGUCGUGGCUCUCAAGUGCUCAGAGUGUGGGCUGCCCCCUGGGGCCGUGCGGGUGGUCGGGGGGGCAGAUGUGCCCCCUGGGCGCUGGCCCUGGCAGGUCAGUGUGUGCCAGGGCUCCCAGCACCGCUGUGGGGGCUCAGUGCUGGCACGGGAGUGGAUCAUCACGGCGGCUCACUGUGUGCACAGCUCCAAGAGGCUCCAGGGCUCUGCCUGGCGGGUGUUUGCAGGGAUUGUCACCCACGGCUCCCUCAGGCAGGAGGCCGGGGUGCCAGUCCAGGAGGUCGUUCCCCACCCACUCUACAACCACAACAGCCUCGACUAUGACAUCGCCCUCAUGAAGCUGCAAGUGUCCCUGAAUUUCUCAGCUGCCAUCCGAGCUGUGUGCCUGCCACCCUCCCACCAGGACCUGCUCCAGGGCACACAGUGCUGGGUCUCUGGCUGGGGCUACACCACCCCUGACCAAGCACAGCUGGCUGGGACGCUGAAGGAGGCCCUGGUGCCCCUGAUCGGGACCCGGAGGUGCAACAGCUCGUGCAUGUACCCGGGGGAGCUCACUGCCAGGAUGUUGUGUGCCGGGUACCCCCGCGGGCAGGUGGACGCGUGCCAGGGGGACAGUGGGGGCCCCCUCGUGUGCUGGGAUGGAUCCACGUGGCGCCUGGUGGGGAUCGUGAGCUGGGGCCAGGGCUGUGCUGAGCCCAACCACCCCGGGGUCUACACCAACGUGGCCCAGCUCCUGCCCUGGAUUCACCAGGUCACUCAGAUCUACUAGAAAUCAGGCAAGGAGGGACUGAUUCAUCCUGUCACUGUAACCUGAACAGAACCCCAAACGUGCUCAGUAUAAAUAGUUUAUUAAAGAAAAUAGCAAAUUACAUUUCUGUGAACAAUAAACAUGGGAGAAGUGGUGCUGUUCAAAAUAGGUGGUUUUUUUGGAUUGCUGUGUGUAAAGGGACAAGGGGUCCUAUGAGAUGUCAGUGUAUGGGCAACACUCUUAGCCUUUGGGUGAAUCACUGGGAGGGGAAGAAAAGAAACAGCUAAGUUUUGAGUGGCAGAUUCUGCUUCAGUACCUCCCUUCUCUGCUGCAUUCCCAUGUGCUGGGCUCAGUCUAACUGCCCAUUAGACUGGACUUCCCUUUCCCCACAUCAGUUAAACCAGAGCAGAAGGGUUCUGCAAGGGCUUGGGUGACACAAGUCAGGGCCUCAGGCCCUGCAAAAAUGCUUGGAAUGAGAACAGAAGUUGGACAAAAGUGCAAAUGAAAAGGAUACAACAGGAGAUAACAGAUUAAAAACACCAAGUUCUGUGACUGAAACUUUAGUGAGCACGACAGGGCAGGUAGAACUUUGCUCCACGUGUGCAGCAUCUUGGCCUCUGGGCUAAUUUAAGUGAAUGCUCUCAGUGAGUUUUUCAAUUAAAUUGGGUGAGAAAUUUCUCAAAAUCUAAACCACAGCCUUUUGUGACUGAAAAAGACAAUGCUACAAGUGCACCUUUCAUUCCCUUUUUGCAUUGGUUUACACUUCUAUCGCUGUUCUUAAAGGACAGAAAAUAUAAUACCAGAAAGACACCAGAGCUACCCAGUUCACAGCCAACAAAAACACAAAGGAAGGAGCUGAACUGGCUUCUACAGCUGGUAAAGCGAGACUGAAAAAUUCUAAGUCAGUUUUUAGAUAUUUUCCAUGAGAAAUAAGAGAAUUUUGCUACUUGUGCAAAACCCUGUGACUUGAUCAGCAGUUCACUCUGCACAGGAUCUCCUUUCCCCAA